GUUUGUUUUCUCCUUAGUUACGGGGACUGUGGUGUGUUGCCAGGAAAGAUUGACCUAAACACACGUACAUCCUUUACACAAAGCUAGGAUGGCCAAAGACAAGAAAAAGUCUGAAGGCAAGAAAACAGAGAAGCCUCCUCCAGAAGGAGUGAUUGCAGGUAAAGUUGAGGAUGCUAUUAACAUAGGCUCAUCUGCGCAGCCAUCUGUGACGCCAAGAGAUGACUUCCAGCAAGCUGAUACAAAAUCAGUGCUGGAGGAUUCACAACUUCUGAAGAGCAUAGAGAUCCGUGAGCCAACACCGGAAUGCUACGAGGAGCCUAUUCUCACCCAGCUGAUUGUGGAAAGAUAUGAGGGAGAAACAGUCCAUGGAUUAUAUGAAGGUGAAGGCAUUGCAUAUUUUCAGGGUGGUCACCUAUAUAAAGGCACAUUUUCAGAGGGCUUAAUGCAUGAAAAGGGUUUGUACUACUGGGCUGAUGGUGUCACUUAUGAGGGUGAUUUUGUUAUGAAUGCUCCUAUGGGUCAUGGUGUCUACAGAUGGCCUGAUGGUAGCACUUACGAAGGAGAAGUGUGUAGUGGAAUGAGACAUGGCCUGGGAGUGUACAAGUGUGGCACUCAUAAAGUUUCUUAUACUGGUGAAUGGAAUCAGAGCAAAAGACAUGGGAAGGGUACAAUUUAUUAUAACCAAGAAGGAACCAGCUGGUAUGAGGGUGACUGGGUAAAUAAUGUUCGUGAAGGAUGGGGUGUUGCAAGCUAUAAAUCUGGGAAUGUUUAUGAAGGACAGUGGAAAAAUAAUGUGCGUCAUGGAGAAGGAACAAUGAAAUGGGUGACGGAAAAUGAACAAUACACUGGGCAAUGGGUAAAUGGAACACAGCAUGGUCAUGGAACCCAUACGUGGUUCUUGAAGCGAGUACAAGGAUCACAGUACCCCUUGAGGAAUGAGUAUGUAGGUCAGUUUGCCAACGGACUUCGUCAUGGAUGUGGAAAGUUCUUUUAUGCAAGUGGAGCAGUCUAUGAUGGAGAGUGGCAACUCAACAAGAAACAUGGUUGGGGAAAGUUUAUUUUUAAAAAUGGUCGCAUCUUUGAGGGAGAAUUUAUUGAUGACCACAUGGCAGAGUUCCCCAGUUUCACGAUUGAUGGAAUGAAGACACCUGAUCUCAGUGGCAUUCGAACACAGACACCACUUGGUAUAGACACAGAGGAAUCCAUAUCCAGACCCUGUUAUUCUGCAUCAGUACUUGGACCCAAUUUGGAGCUGGACAUUUCAUCAUUGUUGGAGAAAUUUGCAGAGGAAGAAAGAGAAGAAGAGAUGAAGCAGGUGUGUUAUGCUGUUCUGAGACAUAUCAGUGUGCUCCGAAACAUCUAUUAUUUCUACAGCAGCCUUGGAAAUAAGCACUCCCUAGACAACACUUUUCUACUAAACCGACUUCAGUUCUGGAGAUUUCUGAAAGACUGCAAGUUUCAUCACCAUAAUCUCACAUUAGCAGACAUGGACAAAAUACUGUAUGGGCAUGCUGCAGUUGUGCACAUCCAUUUCCCCUUUGAAACCGUGUUACUGAGAACAUUUUUAAGCAGCAUAAUCUACCUCGCUUAUCACAUUCACCAUAAACAAUACCUGGCUAAUAACCACAGACCUAUACUGGUGCAUUGCUUUUCAAAGCUGAUGACAGAAAAUAUCCUUCCUAAUGCACAGAAUGUAAAUGGACACAUGUUUCGUGAACAACAUCAGUUUCUAAAUGCAGUUGGUGAUAUCGGAAAAUGCUGGGAAAUUUAUAAUGCCUACUGCCAAAUAAAUCAUAAAUAUCCUGAUAAAUGUUCAAUGAAGAUGAGGCAAUUUAUUUGGAUGUUGAAGGAUUUAAAGUUACUGAGCAAAGACUUGACUACCACCAAACUCCUUGAAAUCCUUGCAGAGGACAACCCUUCUGUGUAUGAUGGGUCUGAAAGCAACUUAGAGCUGGAAAUUACUUUUCUUGAAUUUUAUGAAGCCCUUCUUGGAUGUGCAUUAGUAUAUGUUACCGAUGAUGUGAUGAAGGAGUCAGAAGUAUAUUCAACAAAUAUGAAUAACCUUGAUGCUGACAUUGCUGCAUACAUAGACCAGCCAAGUGAAACAACAGUGCUUCAGCAAGACCCUGAGAGUCACAUGACUGAGAUGACAUUUACAGAUUCUUCCGCCACAAUUGGUAGCUCAGCAAAUACAAAUACAUUCCAGGACCAGAUUGCGCAGUCAUCUGAAAGCAAUCCCAUGAAGAAAUCAGAGCAAGAAAAGUCAAAAGAAUGCUUAAUAGAAAGAAAACUUUCCAGGCAGAAUGCAAAAAGUCAGAUCGAUUUACAAGGGCAAUCCAUGCAACAGAACAGUGAUGGUUUGAACAGUUUAUCGUCUGUUUCAUCCAUGCCAGCACCAUUAGUGCAAACUGCCCAAAAGGAAGACAAACACGGUGACAUUUUAGUUCAGUCAAUGCCUGCUUUGGAUCUAGACAUUGCCAACUUCUAUCAAGAAGAAACAUCAGACAAAACCGCAGCAGCUGUGAAUGAAACAGAGAAGUCUAAUCUGUGGAUAAAUCAAAUUUAUAUAUUUUUUGUGAAGAAGCUUUUUCCAGCACAUGAGUACCUUGAACUUCUCAAGAAAGAAGCAAAGAAAUACCGGGCAGAACAAGCUGAGCUUGCACGACAGGCCAAGAUCAAAGCUGAGGAAGCAAGGUUAUUAAAACAUUUCUUCCAGUACAGUAUUUACUUUUGUAAAAGUCAUGUUUUUGAAUUUUUAUUAUGA